AUGCUCUCCCUCAUUCCCCCCCCCCUUCUCCCUCUCAUUCCCCCCAUGAAGCCCCUCAUCCCCCCCUUUCUCCCUCUCAUCUCCCCCCCUGCUCCCUGUCAUGUCCCCACCUUCUCUCUCUCAUGUCCCCCCCUUCUCCCCCUCAUUUACCCCCAUUCUCCCUCUCAUUUCUUCCCCUUCCCCCUCUUAUAUCUCCCCCUUCUCCCUCUCAUUCCCCCCAUGAAGCCCCUCAUUCCCCCCCUUUCUCCCUCUCAUUCCCCCCUCUGCUCCCUGUCAUGUCCCCCCUUCUCUCGCUCAUUUAAAUGCCACGUAAUCUCCCUCUCAUUUCCCCUCAUCCCCCCCACCUUCCCCUCUCGUUUCCCCCCAUCUCCCUCUCCUUUCCCCACGUGCUCCUUCUCAUUCCCCCCCCUUCUCCAUCUCGUUUCCCCCCCGCUCAUUUCCCCCCAUCUCCUCUCAUUUUCCCCCUCUUCCCCUCUCAUACGCUUCUAA